AUGUCUACUGAAAACACACCACUUUUGAAACCAGACGGUCCAGAUAGAUCGAGAAAUUGUAAUUUCAAGUCUAGGAAACUAUUCUUAGCUAUUAUUUUCCCAGUUUUAUUUCUUGCAUUGAUAAUUGUCACUAUACUAAUUCAGUCUAGCAAAAUGGAUUUGGAUGCAACUCCACUUUUAUUAAGAAUAUACACCAAUAACAUUCGUUUUGACAAUAAAGGACAUCCAGAUAAAUAUGAACAACCUUGGGAAAUUAGAAAAAUUCAAAGUGUGAAUUCAAUGCAAUUCCACACUACGCAGGGCCAUGCUAAUAUUAUUUGUCUUCAAGAAGUUUUACACAACCAGUUACAGGAUAUUUUAAAUGGAUUGAAUGAAUUUGAAGAAUGGAGUUAUUUUGGUGUAGGAAGAACCGAUGGAAAAACAAGCGGUGAAUAUGCUCCAAUUCUUUAUAAGAAACUGGAGUUUGAUAUUCUUGAUAGUAAAACAUUCUGGUUAUCGCCUACGCCAGAUAAACCAAGUAAAGGUUGGGAUGCAGCAUUGGAAAGAAUUGUUACAGUGGUCACUUUCCAAUCAAAAAGCAGUCCUCUGAUUAGAUUCAAUGUUUUCAAUACCCAUUAUGAUCAUCGUGGAGUGGUUGCCAGAAGAGAAUCUUCUUUGUUCAUUGCGGAUAAAUUGAAGAAUUACAAUGAAUAUCCAUCAUUCUUGGCUGGUGAUUUAAACACAGAACCUACAGAUGAACCUCAUUCCAUCUUAGAAUCAAGUGGAUUCAAAGACAGUUUUAAAUUGAUAGGAAAAAAGUAUUCUUACGGAUAUAAUACUUCAUUCACAGGUUUUGAUAAAGAUAAUGAACCAGUUUCUAGAAUUGAUUAUAUCUGGUCACCUUCCUAUACAACAUUUGAUGUUGGUCACGAAUCUUCCAAAGAUGAAGCUUCCAACCGCUUUGGGGUUUCUUUGAAGCUGUUUGGAAUUGUCAGUAACUGGUUCAAUGGGAACUUUUUCUCCGACCAUCGUCCUGUUGUUGCAACCUACGAAAUUAGUAGACCUCGAAUUUAA